AUGAGUCAUCAGAGACCAAGUCUGGUGAACAAUCAGAGGUCCAGUGUGAUGAACGAUUGUAGACCAAUUCUGAUGAACUAUCAGAGGCCCAGUGUGAUGAACGAUUGUAGACCAAGUCUGAUUAAUGAUCAAAGACCCAGUUGGAUGAAUGCUCAGAGACCAGGACUGAUGAACAAUGAUAGGCUCAGUGUGAUGAACUAUCAGAGACCAAAUCUGAUGAACAAUCAGAGACCCAGUGUGAUGAACUAUCAGAGGCCCAGUGUGAUGAACGAUUGGAGACCAAGUCUGAUUAAUGAUCAGAAACCAAGACUGAUGAACAAUCAGAGACCCAAUGUGAUGAACAAUUGGAGACCAAGUCUGAUUAAUGAUCAGAAACCAAGACUGAUGAACAAUUAG